AUGGCCGCCGCAGAGAGUGCUGCCGGUUUAAACAUCAUCGACCAUGACAAGGGGCCGGCGAUUCUCGCCACUUCCAUCACCGUCACCGCCCUCAGCACCUUGUUCGUUGCUGCCCGGUUAUUCACCCGCGCUCGCAUCAUUGGCAAGCUGUAUCUGGAUGACUACUUCAUCUCCAUAUCCAUGAUCUGCAGCUGGGUUACCGUCGGAAUAACAGCCAAAGCAGUUUCGUACGGGAGUGGCCGACACGCGGCUCUCUUGACGGAGUAUCAGUUCUCUCAUGCUAUCUUGUGGACCAUGGUCGCCUUCCUGCCUGGGAUCUUGUCGUUUGCGGUACCCAAGCUCGCCGUCGUGGCGUUGUUGACGCGCAUGAUGAACCCAAGCAGAACGCACGCCGUCAUAAUGUGGACUGUGGCCAUCGUGUGCCUGAUCAGCUUGAUGGGCUGCGUUGGCAUCCUCUUUGGGCAAUGCACACCCACCCAUUCCACGUGGACCUUUAGCGUCAAGGGAGAGUGCUGGAGCCCCAUGAUAUUGGUUAAUUAUUCCAUCUAUGCAGGAUCGUUUUCCGCCUUCACCGAUCUCUACUUUGCCGUAUAUCCUGCGAUCGUGCUCUGCGGCCUGCAGUUGAACAUCAGGAAGAAGAUCGCUCUCUCCUGCGCGUUGGGAAUUGGUUCAGUCGCUACAAUCGUCGCCAUUUACAAGACAACGCGUAUCCCCGGUCUUGCCAGCCCGGACUUUGUUUAUGACACCGCUGAUCUCACGAUCUGGACCGCUAUUGAAGGUUCCACCUUGAUGAUCGCGUCCUCGAUCCCGAUCCUGAAGCCGCUCAUGGACCUCGUCUUUGGUCGCCGCGCUUUCUCCUCCAACGACUCCAACGAAAGGUAUGAAAAGUACGAUCGGUCGCGCAGCGGAAAGGAUGAGUCGGGCGUGGAGCUCUCAAAACGCUCUCGCAAGCGCGGUCGGCCUAUGGACACGGCCAUUUCACAGCUAGAGACGGCCGUCGACUCGACCAGCUACGAGGAACACCGCAAGAGCGCCGACCAGGACAGCCAGACGAACAUUGUGUCCAGCACGUCCGAACCACCCGCGUCGGUACCAGCAACACCGCCUCUCGGAGCGAUCCGGCGAACGGACCGUGUCACGGUGACUACUUCCUACGGGGAGGAUCCAGAAAGGGGGCUCCCAAUGAGCCGAUGGGGGUAG